CCUCCUCUUCCCCUUCUCAUCGUCAUCAACACCCUCCUCUUCCGCAAUUAGCCAUUUUGGCUCAAGCGCCACUCGAGGUCGCACCCCAGAGGUUGUCUGCAGUCGUUCGCACAAGAGUGCGCCCCAGAUCGAGCAGUGGCGCCGGUGAAGUUCGACGACAUCUCGAAGACCGCGAGCGCCAUUCUGAGCGAUGACUACCAGGAAAGGGGCUCCGUGCUCAAGACCAAGCAGAAGACCAGCUGGGAUGGCGCCGUGGUGUCCGCUCAGGUGGACCUGCUCGGCGCCAAGGACUGCCAGACGCCCGCCAAGCUCACGCGGCAGUUCCCCACGCCGUUCGGGAGCUCCUUCGUCUGCGUCGACAAGCUCGAGCUAGACAAAGCCGGAAAGAUGAAGCUCGAAUGCUCCACCGACAAGGCGUACAAGGACCUGAAGGUGGAAGUCAAGUCGGACUUCGGGGACCUCUCGAAGGUCACAGCGCACUGCACCUACACUGGGCCCUAGGGCUACCAGCUGAAGCUCGACGCGUCGCCGAUGGACCCCACGAGCUUCACUGCGGAGGUUAUAUUGAUGCAGCGUUUUUAUUGUUCCUCUGGGGGUGACGUACGCCAGCGGGCCCUGCAAAGUUGGCGCGAAGUGCACCAGCAAAUCGCUCACCGCCCCCGACCUCGGCGCCAACUUCCUGCAGGGCCCAUACUUCUGCUCCCUGGUGGUGAAGGACAAGCUCUCGGCCUACGACUUUACAGGGCCAGCGACAGGCUGAAGGGCGCGGCGACGUACACCCACGGCGGCAAGGGCAGCGGCAACUGCAGCCUCGGCCUCUUCCACGAGCUGAUGAAGGGCACCACCGUGAAGACCAAGGUGGCCCAGGACCAGUCCUUCUCGUUUGCCGUGAAGCACGAGGUAUCCAAGGGGUUCACCUGGAUCGGAGGCGGGAAGUACGACAGCAAAAAGGGCGACUACACCUGCGGCCUCUAGCUCAGCGUCGAGUGAGCCCGCGGUCAGAAGGGGCAUUUGCCCAGCUUUGCCGAAACCAGCUCUUGCCUCCGGCGCUUGCCUUCCCUCUUAUUCCGCUACCGGCCUUCUCAACCCGCGGCCUGGACCAGCCAGCCUGCGCUCUGCAGGGCGGUGUCCUUCGAGGGCGGCACAUAAAGUAGUGCGUCUCCCGCGAAAUGCGGCGCGACCGCCCUGGUCUUGUAAAGGCUGCUGCUUGUUCACAAACGGAUUUCAAUGAGUUUUGUGUGGCGCGUGCGCGGCUUCCGAUCCUGCCAAGAAAUUAGCAUGACGAAGAAUCCAGCCCUCCCUAAUCACGUGGCGACUACACGCAGAACCGUCAAUACGCAAG